AUGCGCAGCGGACGAAAGAUUGACGAGGAGGACCCCUCCAUCCUCGACCCCAUUUUCCGAUCCGUCGACUUCUCCGACACCCGGGGCGUCGCCAUGAUGGAGCCCGCCGACGGCGAAAUGGACGCGGCCAUCUUCGACUCGUGGCUGCACAACCUCCACGGCACGAGCCUCGACGAGGCAGCGGCGAAUGCUACGGACGAGACUGAGGAUCUCGAGAGGCCUUUACGCCGCGAGAUUAUCCAAUUUUGGAAGCUCGUGCACUCGGACGUGCUUGAGUUCCUCAACGGGGCGACGGGGUACUGCGGGAAACGCGUGAGGCAGGAAUAUCUCCGCGUACCGUUUACCGGCGCCGAGGGCGCGGCGGCGGCGGCGCCGCGGAGCCAUGAUUUUGGAACGAAUGUGCUCGUCAUCCCGGCGUUUGUGGCGGAGGGUGCGGCGAUUCGGAUCACCAGGGAUGCCGUGAGGGAGAAGGGCACCGAGGCAGAGGUUGGGGUGUUUGACUUAGAGGAGAAUCCAUUUGAUAUUUUCUAUCUGAGGAGGGGAUUUCAGUACAACUUUUACGUUAAGGGGCAGGGGAGGAUGGGAAGACUGCGGGGUAUUGUCCGUGAGGAUGAUGAGGGCGAUGACGAUCUCAACAAGGAUGACGGGGAUGAUGGUGAGAAUGAAGAUUGA